GUUAGAGAAUGCACAGAAGAGAGGGCAGAACAGAAAGGAGUCUCCCAGGCACAGCUACAGGUAGAAGGGCUAAUAUCUGAACUCUAGAUUCCCUGGCAUGCUCUGCCUUUAAACUCCCGGACUGAAAUUUGGGAUACCUGAAGAAGUUCUUCUGCUGCUACAUUUUAAAAAUGGGAAUCAAACUGGUAGAUAGCAAGGCAGACAGUAAAUCAAUAACUGGCUGCAAGAAAGGAAUCUUCAACAAUAUUAAGGUGUUUGUAGUUUGUCAUGCUCUCCUGCAGCUUUCUCAGCUGUUAUACAGUGCUUACUUUAAGAGUUGCCUGACCACCAUUGAGAAACGAUUUGGGCUUUCAAGCUCCUCCUCUGGCCUUCUCUCCAGCAUCCAUGAGAUCAGCAAUGCAGUUCUUAUCAUCUUUGUCAGCUAUUUUGGAAGCCGAGUUCACCGGCCACGAGUCAUUGGUGUAGGAGGCCUUCUGCUGGCCUUGGGGACCUUUCUUCUGACGGUGCCUCAUUUUGUAUCAGAGAAAUAUCAGUACACUGAGCUAAAUAGCGGAAACAGAAGUCAAGUUCUGCUGUGCACCGGAGAGAACAGAACAUUCCAUUGUAAGACACAAGGCCAGCACCUACCAGUGACUACCAACAAUGGGGGCAGCAGCAUGUGGGCAAUAAUGGUGGUGGGGCAGCUUCUGGCUGGCAUUGGUACCGUUCCCAUACAGCCUUUUGGCAUCUCUUAUGUGGACGAUUUUGCUGAACCAAACAAUUCUGCUUUAUAUAUUGCCAUCCUGUUUGCAGUGGCUGUGUUUGGCCCAGCUUUUGGUUAUCUUCUUGGCUCUGUGGUCCUGAGGAUGUUUGUGGACAUCGGAAGAGUGAAUCUUGAGCAUGUGGAUCUGACAGUAGCAGACCCUCGCUGGAUAGGUGCCUGGUGGCUGGGUCUUCUUAUUGCAUCUGGCUGCCUGGUCAUCACUUCUAUCCCAUAUUUCUUUUUCCCAAAGCAAAUGCUGAGGAAUGAGAAGCCGGCACCAGAGGAGAAUGUCCUGAGAAAGAUACCAGACGUUAAAGCAGAAGAAGGAUCUCUGUCCGACUUUAUAAAGAAGUUUCCUCGGUACGUUAGACGCCUGAUCACGAAUCCACUCUUUCUGAUGUUGGUCCUAUGUCAGUGCAGUUUCUCCUCGGUCAUUGCCGCAUUGUCUACCUUCCUCAAUAAGUAUUUGGAAAAGCAAUACAGCUCCAGCACUUCCUAUGCCAACUUUCUUAUUGGUGCAGUAAAUCUGCCAACAGCAGCCCUGGGAAUGUUGAUAGGUGGAAUCAUUAUGAAGAGGUUCUGUAUCUCACUGCAAAUCAUCCCUCGUUUUGCUCUGGCAAUCCUUCUUCUUUCCAUUCUGCUCUGUGUUCCUCUUUUCUUCAUGGGUUGCUCAACACAAGCACUAGAGAUGGGAAUGGUUGAGCACUCAACCAGUGGUAACACUCUCUCCACCUGUACCUCACAAUGUGCAUGCCCAGAAUAUGCCUUCCAACCAGUGUGUGGUUCUAAUGGGGUGGAGUAUCUGUCACCGUGUCACGCAGGAUGCAGAGCAUUCAAUCAAACAUCAUCAGAGAAACUUAGGAUGUAUCGGAACUGCUCUUGCAUCACAGACACUUCUGGCGAGGGGACAGCCCAGACAGGAUCCUGCCCUACCAGUUGCUCUCACCUUCUGCUGCCCGUCAUGUUCCUUAUCUCCUUCGCUGGACUUAUUGCCUGCCUGACGCACAACCCCCUGUAUAUGAUGGUGUUACGGGUUGUGCGUCAGGAUGAAAAAUCCUUUGCGAUUGGAGUUCAGUUCCUUCUGAUGAGGUUUUUAGCCUGGUUGCCUGCUCCAGCUCUCUUUGGACUUGUUAUUGACUCCACGUGCCUUGUGUGGGAUCGAUCCUGUAGCGGCAAUAGAGGGGCAUGCAGAUAUUAUAAUAAUGACCUUCUGCGCAACAGGUAUCUGGGUCUGCAGAUGGGAUACAAAAUUCUAGGAAUCUUGUUAUUGUGUGCCAUAGCCUGGAAGGUGAGCAAGCGCAAGGAAUACAAUGUGCAAGAGAAGGAAUCUGGGAUGGCGUAAGCAUCAUAUAAUGCCCAGAGACUCUUGGCUUCCAUCCUUGUGCCCCACCCCAAAGUUCUCUUCCUCAGGAAGCAGUCAAGACUAGUCAUUCCAGAGCCCCUUCUAUCAAUGCAAGUCCCACCACAGUGGCUGGUAUUGGGUCAGCUGGACAAGUUGCUGAGUUGCCCUUUCAAUGACAAAUCUGGGAUGACAAGCCAAAUGCAGAUCAUGGAGCAAGUGUUUGGAAACCUUUGGUAUAUGUAAUAUAAGCGUCAUGUAUACAACAGCAUGAAUUCCUAGCACAAACUGCAAUGAAGUUCAGAACACACACAGUAUUUAACCCUUCUGCUGGCAAGACUUGGUCGUAUUUGUGUUCUAGCCACAUGAAUGAUGGUUUCUGGGCCAGGCAAAUCUUGUAUGAAACAAAAAAGCUACUGUACAGGAAGAUCUGAGACAAUUCCACUGAUAUAUUCAAGCUGUAUCUAAGCAACUUUUGAAUUAAGACUCUCAACCAUUCCAUGGAGUGUGUUUCUGUAGGCUGAUUUAGGGGGAUUUAGACUUAAAUCAUUCACAUUUGAGCCCCCAAAGACAGCCUUUAUUUCACUAAUGGACAAUAGGCCAGUAUAAUAUCAUUGUAUCAUAAAUUCUCAUUGAAGAAUUUUUUUUCUAGCAAUCCUAUCAUUCAUUUAAAUAUGUGAUUUUUUUUUUAUUCAUCAAUGUCUCUGUAUAUGAAAUUGAAUUACUAAUUAACACUGGUAUUUAUACACAA